AUGAGUAAUAUAUUAAAUAAGAGAUCAUAUAUUUGCCAAGAGAUUGUGGUCACUGAGGAACAUUAUGUUAGAGACCUUGAAGUGAUUGUGAAUGUUUUUAUGGACCCCAUGAGGAAAAAGAAGAUUAUUAGUGAAGACCUUAUUAUGGCAAUUUUUGGCAAUAUUCGCGUGCUGCUUAACAUCAACAAACAGCUGUUGGAGGCUUUGUAUGUCGCUGUCAAGCAUGAUUCUGGCUGUCCUGACUAUGCGAAUGCAAACCUGGGUGCAGUGAUCCUGCGCUUCUGUCCCUUCUUUAAAAUGUAUUCGAAUUACUGCAAGCAGCAGAACAAGGCGAUCGCAAUCGUCCGCAAGCUAAAGAAGACCUCGAAGUUCUCCCACUUCUACGCGGCUUGCCGCAAGAACCCUGCGUGUCGCGGCAUGGAGAUGACCAGCUUCCUCAUCAUGCCGGUGCAGCGCAUCCCCCGCUACCAACUCCUCCUGCAAGAGCUGCAGAAGCGCACACCAGCGGACCACCCGGACUUCGUGUUCAUUCCCGUUGUUUUUUCGAUAGAAUUCGAUCGUAGAAGGCGUUAGAAGGGAUCGUCGGCGUGGCCAAAGAGUGCAACUCGGCGAUGAACGGGGACCGCGAGAACUCGCUGCGCCUGAGCAUUCAGAACGCGCUGGGCAGCUCGUUCGUGCUGUCCAAAGCGUCGCGGAAGCUGCUGGAAUACGUGGAAACGGAGGUCCGGAGUGAGGAGUAGACGCCGUGCGUGUGGAAGGAGAAAGCGAGCACGGAAGUAACCGCGUUUCUGUUCAGCGACCUGCUGAUUCUGACGAACCGCUUCGACAGCGAGUUGAAUCUUCGCGUGCUGUUCAAAACGGAGCUCUGUUUUGCUUUUCCGAGAAAGAAGCUGACGCGUAGUCAUGUAUAACUACCGCUACGACGUCGUGGAGGGCUGUGAGGUCGUCGCGGAGAACGCUUACGAGUCCUUCCGACUCGUUUUCGACUCCGAGGAACGCGCGCAGAGCUGGGAGCAGAUGCUCAACAAGCAGCUGCGAAGCCUCGUCAACCGAUCCGGCGGCUCGCGAUGCGAGGUUUGCUAUGGGCCGCUGCGGCCGGCGUACUGCUGCCACUGCAGGAAGUGCGAUCGCAUCUGCUGCGAGAAUUGCUGCGAUCAUAUUAAUUGCGCGGAUCGGAAUGCGGGGUCCAAGAACAUGUUCUGCUUGAGCUGCUUGAGCUACAACGCGACGGUGCUGGAUCAAAAUACGGAGAUUAGCGUGCUCACCGAAUCUCGGAAUUCCAAUAAUUCGAAGGAUUUCCUGCAGCCGGUUUUUGUGUGUGAUAUGGCGACGAAGGGGAAGCAGAGCUUGCUCGAUGGAUGGGAGGCGUGCAUGCUGAGCGAUUCGAGAGUGUAUUACUUUAAUCGUGAGAAGUGGCUGUCUUCGUGGUGCAUUCCGAAGGAGGAUUUUGAUGCCGACGCUCCCUACGGCUGGCAGAAGUACUACGACAAGCGAGGCAUGCCCUUUUACUACAAUGCGAAGACGAAGCAGACAAGCGAAGAUAGACCGCUGAUGCGAGUAGAACGCGCGCGUGGAUGCCCUGCGUGCGGUUAUGAGCUGUCCACGGAGGACAUUCAAGUUGGUAUUUGCCCUGGAUGCAACACUAAUAUAAGACUGUGACUUGUGU